AUGUUUAUGAGUGAAUUCUCGCAGCCAGCGGGCAGACAUUUCAUAGUGAAAUCUCAACCCUCUCGUUCUCUCAACAGACAAAGCUACGAUGGGCUGGAAAAGAGGCUAAAGGAGGUCUUCAGUGAACGGAGCAGCAUCCUGCACCAGCUCUCCAAGACAUCAAAGGAGCUGGACAGCAUAAAAGGCAACCUGCAGUCGCUGAAGAACGACGACUCGGUGGCCAAGAAGGAUGUGCAGAGGAUCCUGGAGCUCAGCCACAAACAGAGGCAGGAGAUGAAGUCCCUCCAGGCCGCCUUGCAGAAGCAGCUGGACGAGGCCAACGAGAGAGCGGAGAAGCAGCAGGCCACGAUUAAAUUUCUGAAAGUGGAAAUGGAGAAGAAAACCAAAAUCAUCAAGGAUUUACAGCAAGAGAACAAGAGCUUGAAAACGAAACUGCUUUCGGGACACAAGCGUUGUGACGCCUAUGCUGAAGAGUCGAAAAAAAUCCAGGCUCAACUGAAAGAACUGCGGUACGGGAAAAAGGAUUUAAUUUUUAAGGGGCAGCAGCUAAUGGACCUGGAGCACAAGCUAACUAUAGCCAAGGAAGAACUGGAGAAGACUGCACUGGAUAAGGAGUCGCAGCUGAAGGCGCUGAAGGACACAGUUCACAUCUGCUUCUCAGCCGUCCUGCACAACCAGCCCGGCAGCAGCCACAGAUUUCCCGUCUCCCCCGCCCACUUGUUCAGAUACUCGUCGCUCAUCAACAGCUCCAGAGUCACCUUUCAGCAGCCGCAUGCCAAGGAUAUCUCUAAAGUUCAGAGAAUUGUCUCAGCCAGUAAAUCACCCGUGAACAUCGGAGUAAUGAGGAGAGAGGGUGACGGAGUGAAAGCCUGCCAAAUGGAAAAGCCCGGUGGCAGCUGCUUCCAGAAUCAGACGGAGGAAUCGGCCCCAGACAGUAAAAAGCUACCAGAGCCACAGCAGCAAAGGAGCCAACCGCAGACCGGAAAAUCCGACACAAAGCUCUCAGACGACAGCGAGGCGGCGGAGGGAGGCAGCAGCAAAAAGACAAAGCCACACGAACGCGACUGA